AAACCCGCUGACUCUCGGCCCUCAGUGGAAUGAGUUUGACACGCCUGGCCAGGCAAAAGUUCACUAUCGGUGUGAUGGAGGCGUUAGGUUUUUAAUUGAAGUGAUUAGUGGAAUCAAAAUCAAGCCCCACCCCUCAACAAUCAGAAGUGACCUCAACACGUUUAUAUAAGUCGUUUUAGGCGACGAUUUGUUGUGGUGUAACAUUACUUGAUACGAACGAGGUUGCAAUAAGGACCGAUAUCAGACGGGAAAUGAAUUGGAAGAUAGUCGUUCCUUUGCUCGCGGUGGCAUUCAUCGUGACGAGCGCCGCUGGGACACCGGGUGGCGUCAUGGACGCAGAUAUGACGGACCAAGCUACCAGAGACGCGCUGCAGUUCGCCGUGGCCGAAUACAACAAGGCAACAAACGACCAGUAUCUUUGGCAGGUGGCCAAGGUUGUCAAGGCUCAGAAACAGGUGGUAGCUGGGAUGAAGUACAUCUUCACAGUGCAGAUGGCCAGGACCCUGUGCAGGAAGGGAGGUGUGGAGAAGCACUGCGCUGUGCAUCCGGGCCCAGCUGUGACCUACCAGUGCACCUUUGUGGUGGUGAGCCACCCCUGGCUGGGAGGGUUGCAGUUGAUCGAGCAAGCCUGCGAGGAGUGAAGACCCACAGGAGAGGAGACUUCAAUUGUCUAGUCUACCCAAUUAGUAUUUAUUACCAGUGGUGUUGGUCUUACCUAGGCAGAUCUACCUCAUCUAUGAUCUAGUCAGAGAAUCCAACUCAUUGUCCUACGUAUUGCAUUCCCACACCAAUAUAGCACUUAAAAUAAGAACUGCUGUGUUGAUGGUUUUUAAACACUAUGCAACAGUUGAACUAAAUAAAACCUGUUUGGUUACA